AUGGCCGAGGAGAAGCCGAUGACCGUUAAGGAGCGGAUGGCAGCGUUAGCUCGUGCUUCCGGACAGAGUUCAGCCGCCCCCGCUCCCGUGCCGAGGGCGAGCGGCGCCGCUACGGGACCCUCCGUCGCAGAAAGGCUUGCCAAGAUGCGAGCAGGACCAGCUGACGCUCCGACAGGAGACGCCCCACGGCUGGUGCGAACCCUCACCCCUCACCCUGGCGCCCCGACGGUAGUCACGUCAAUGCCCGGCGGAGCUGGAGAUUCCUCCAAAAGCGGGGGCUCCUCCAGCGUUGCGGACAGAAUUGCCUCCCUGAGCGGAAGCGGAAGCGGCAAGCCCUCUAUCCUGCCGCCCAGCCCCUCAGGGAGACCGGCUGGUUCGUCAGUCUCCCCGGCAGCUGGAAAGACAUCGCAGCACGGUGAAGGUGAAGUGUCCGCACCGGCAGAAGCUCCCGCCGCGUCCAAGCUUUCGCCUGGGCUUGCAGCCCGCUUGAACGCGAUGAGAUCGAGCACAGAUUAUGUGCCGGAGGGGGAGGAGGGGGAGGAAGAGGAAGAGACUCCGCCCCCCCCGCCUGCUUUGGCCACGUCCGGGUCGAGCUCUUCGUUUUCGAAGGUGUCCCCCGGUCUCGCGGCUCGUAUGGGGAAAGCCUUCCCAAUUCCUAUGCCUGGUGGUGAGCAGCCCUGUUGAUAGAUUGGAUUCUCUUCCUGUUGUCCAUGCGUGUGUGAACCGUUGCAAGGACUUCGAACUUAUGCCGCGCUUUGCUGCUUUCAGUAGCUUGCUGGAGUUUUGGUGGUUGGUUUACACUCCGAUGUCGAUGACAUACACGCGGUUCAAGGCCACCUUGGUUUCUGCGUAGAAGAUUAGCUGUUGACAAGAGCUUUUGUCUUGACAAGAGCUUUGUCUUGUCUAGUGUGAGUGCUGAUUAAAAGUAGUGAACAGUAACAAAGAAAGCUUUGGUUCUAAUUUGACGUACGUGUUCCCAGGUGGUAUGCCGGCAGGGGGUGUCGCGGAGCUGAAACGUCGCAAACAAGAGAAAGAACAGGCGGAGAGAGCGGCAGCAGGCAUGCCCGAGGAGCCAAAGCCGUCCGAGACUGCAGUGGAGCAAAAGCCCGGCGAGCUGCAGCACGCGAACCUAUCCCGUCCUACUAUUUCCCAAAGAAGGCGGCCCCGCAAGGCAACCAGGCCGUUCAAACCGACCGCGGCAGCAGCAGCAGCAGCAGCCCCAGCAUCUCCACCGUGUGCCACAGAACCAGAAAAUACAACCUCGAGUGUGCCGGAGAAAGCAGCUUCGCCGCUUCCGGCAACAACGGGUGCAUCGUCGGAAGAAAACACGGCAGAGGAGACGGCUGCCCCGGCAGCAGCAGCAGCAGCAGCAGCAGCAGCAGCAGUAACACCAGCACAAGAGGAAACGAACUCUGUUGGCAAGAUGAAUUCCAUGUUAAAGGCCGCGUCGAUCGAUAUUGCCGGGGGUGACGGGGACGAUGACGAAUGGGACGAGUAGAAGUGACAUGCGCAACGAGGCGGGUCCCAGCUUAGAUCCACUGGGUAGGUUUGCCAAUCGUUUGCAACACGGGGCGUGUGCGCGUAUGUGUGCUUAGAUCGCCUCUGCCUCGUAUGUGUGCUUACUUAAGUGAAUUCUAGUUUCUGAGACCCUCGAGGUACGUAAAUGCUGGCUCCUUCGGCCUUUUCGUUGUUCGACUGAAGCCUUAAUAGUUUG